UCCUCUGCCCAUGUAGGCGGGGCUGUCGCUUCUGUGUAGCCCCCACGCCGCCCCUCCGGCGGGCCCAUCUCUGCUCGUAGCGGGCGCUAUUGCUGGCCGGUGACCUCCCCAGCGCCCUGUCCCACGCACACGCCACCCGCGCCUCUGCAGGGGAGGCUGCUGCUGCUCCUGCCAUCUCUACCUUACACCUGUCCGGUGGGGGGAGUGGUCUAGUCCUUGCAAGCAGCUUCCGUGUCCAAGCCCGAGACUGAGAUGAUGCUGCUGUCUGGGGACAGGGCUUGCUGUGUCAUUAGUGCUUCCAGUGCAUGUGGGAAUUCCGUGGGGACCCCAGCCCAGGGAUCCUGGAGCUGUAGUGGGGUCAUUUUGAGCCGGAGUCCAGGGAUUGUGGUCUGCCAUGGAGCCAUCUUCUGUCCUUUCCUCUUGGAGGAGGCGAUAGCAGCAGACCAGGGCAUAUGGUCCCAGUGCAGCGUCCUGCUGGCAAACAGCUUCUCCCCAGAUAUUCAGAUCCAGGUUCUCUGCGCUGCAGAAAGUAGAAGCAAAGGGAAUGGUAAGGGUGUGUUGGGCAAAGAUUUGGGGGCCUGCAGCCCGGCUCUGGGGUUCAAUCCCCUUUCAAACCAACAGGGAUCUCCUGGCACCCUCAGGCAGCACGAGGCCAAGCUCCUUAUGAUGGUGCCCUGCCCAGAGUUCCAGAACACCUUCUCCAAAGUCUUCACCCGUGCUGAGCAGUGGCAUUUCUGUAGGAGUGAAGAUGAGCAGGAGCAUGGGGCACUCUUGGAUGAUUUGCGCUAUCUGCAUUGGUUUGCCUUGCUGGAAAUCCCAGACCUCAACUCACCUGGUCUAGCUCAAGUAAGCUGUGUGCUGGCUGAGUCAUUGAGGAAAGGUGACAUGCUGUUUGCCUGUGGUUCCCCUUUUGGUUCAUUUUGCCCAGACAUUUUCAUUAACACUCUUAGUAAAGGGAUAGUGAGUAACCUAGCUGGAGAAGGCAAUGUCCUUAUUCUGACUGAUGCUCGUUGCUUGCCUGGCACCGAAGGAGGAGGGGUCUUUGUGUUCUCUGAAGAUGGUUUUAACCUAGUUGGAAUAAUUGUGGCUCCACUUUGUUGGAAGGCCAAUGAGUGGGUUGGAUUGACGUUGGUUUGUUCAAUUGGCCAUAUCCUGGAGAAUGUCAGGAGUGCCUUGGUUGGGUCUGGAAGUUCUAUGAAAACCUGGUGGCCUCCUGUGCAAUUGGUUGCUAAGCCUGUUGGGAAGAUGGCAGUUAGCCCUGGGCCUGCACAGCAUCUCCUGUCUGCAGUGGUGUUGGUGGAAUGUGGUCAAGUCUGGGGAUCUGGAGUGGUGGUCAGUUCAAGGCUAGUGUUGACCUGUCGACAUGUGGUGAAUGAAGCCUCGGGUGUCUGUGUAAGGGUACAGCACAGCCCUGAAAAGGGCUGUGUCCUUAAAGGGAAAGUGGUGUUUACUACAAAUGAUGAUUCUCCCUAUGACAUAGCAGUGGUAGAACUAGAAGAAAGCUUACUCUGUUUUGCAAAACCUGUUUCAGCUACCAAGUUUGGUGCAGGAGAAGAAGUGAGUGUUGUUGGCUUUGGUGUGUUUGGUCAGAGCUGCGGCCCAUCAGUCACAUCAGGAAUCUUGUCAGCUGUGAUCACUGUGGAUGACAAGCCAGUGAUGCUUCAGUCAACCUGUGCGAUUCAUGGUGGCUCGAGUGGGGGGGCCCUCUUCUCUACAAACAGUGGAAAGCUCCUUGGGAUUGUUGCUAGCAACACAAAGGACAACAGUGUAGGAGCUACAUACCCUCACCUGAACUACAGUGUUCCCAUCACAGUUCUACAGCCAGCAGUCUUGGAAUACAGCCGUACUGGAGACCUGCAUGGUUUCCAGGAGCUGAACAGGGCCAACGACAGAAUCAGACUAGUGUGGCGGCUCCAAAGAAAGACCACAGAGGUACCACACAGCAAGCUAUGAGGCUGCCGAUCUCAGAGAAGAAAGGAAUAUGCCCCAUACUCAACAUGGAGUGAGGCCUGAUUGCUCAAAAUGGGAGGCAUUUGCAUUACUUGGGCACAGAAGAAUUGCUCUACCAGAUCAGACCAGUAGUCCAUCUCGCCAAAUGUCCAAUUUUUGACAAUGGCCAGCACCCCAUGCUUCAGAGGAAGGUGGAAUUCCCCAUAGUGGACUAACCCGCUGUCACAUUCUGGAGUGCAAUCCAAACCAGUGAAGAGUUGUCACCUCUUCCCCGGAACUCUGAAAUGCCUUAAAAGCUUUGCUACAGUAGCUCUCUACCUGGGAUGCUCACAGUUAGCACCACGCAUGCACUCUGUCUAUAUAUUGAGCAGCCCUGGACCAACGCUUUGAAUGUUGAAGCCUGCCUGCAAUACCACUCAUCUCCACCAGCCUUGGCUAACAACUGGUAAGGUGACUCCAAACUCUCCACAGCCCUGAAUUUCCCCCAAAAUGUGAGUUCUGAAAUGUCCAGCCCUAUCCUGGAACAAUCAGAAGAACGUUAAGGUUCGUUGCUCCUUUAAAGAGACAAAAGUGCAUUGCAGCUUAUUAAGUGAGGUAAAUACACCCUUCCCUUCAAACACAACUCUGUUUGUUUAUAGUAAAAAUAAAACAAAUUUAUAACAAUAGGACAUACCUUAAGUGAUGCCAAGUAAAAGGAAUGUAAGCAGAGAUGGUUACAUGCAAAUAGAAGUGAAAACACACAUCUAAAAGUCUAAAACUUAACCUAGCAAGGUACAGGCUUUGUUCAAGAUGGUUUCUAUCACCAAUCAUUCUUCCCAUCCAUGGCUGAUUUUUCCUUCAGUCAGAACCUUCCACAGAAGUACAAGGGCUUCCCUUGUCUUCCAAAAGAUCUUUCCUUGCCUAAGCAGGUUUCUGUCUUAUAUUCAGUUCCCAGAGACUUCAAUCCACCCGCUCCCCUAUUUAAGAAACCAUCUUUCUCAGCUUGCAAGAGCUCUGGCCCUUGUGUCUCUCUAGUGAUGAAUGCCCAACAUAAUUCCAGCAUAUAUCCAUAACUCUUUAAUAAACAUCAUAUACAUAUCAUGCAAGAAUAUUAAUGAUCAGUGAGUUAUUAGUUUCCAGUGAUAUAUUACACGCCACCUAUUAGAUACAGAUUGUGAUAUCAGUGAAUUGGGGUACACUGAACUGGUCAGGCCAGCUGAAACGCAUUACCUGAUUACCAGUGAGCCCCUUGCUCUGUGGCACUGGGAUGAUCUUAGGGUCACACCUGUCCAAAGGAGAAAUAACAAAGUACAAGUAAACCUUGUAGGUUAGUGAAUGCUUUUGAUUGGCUGAGCCUCUCUCGGCUUCUAUUUGACACUCUUAAAACCAUUGCAAAGGGUUCUCCAUUGCUCUUGGAACCGCAUUACAGUAACUCCUCACUUAACGUUGUCCCGGUUAACGUUGGUUCGUUGUUACGUUGCUGAUCUAGUAGAGAACAUACUCAUUUAAAGUUGCACAAUGUUUGCUUAUAACAUUGUUUGGCUGUAGGGGCUUGGAACCGGGGUGGGCUGGCAGCCCUCCCAUCAGCUCCCCUCCAUCCCCCCCAGCACCUCCUGCCCACCGGUGGCCUCGCAGAUCAGCAACUCCCCCCUCCCUCC